AUGGGCAGCUCGAGCCAAGUCUCUGCUGACACCAUGGAGAUGGAUUACUCGCCGCCUGCUUACCACCACCACCCUCUUGAGGCCUUCCCGGCCGGAGUGGGUGCCACCAUGACCAUGGCCGUUGGCGGGUCGAGCAGUUCCACGGCGAACAUGCCGCCACCGCCGCCGCCUGAGUCGGCUGAAGGAGGGUACUGGAGCAUGGAGGAGCUUUGGUCCAUGCAGCUGCUCAAUGGAGAAUGA